AUGGAGCUCCACUUCCAGGUGCAGCCGCCAGUGCUCCAGCUGCAGGACUACUGCUACUACUACCACCAGCAGCAGGAGGCCGCCGCCGCCGCCGCGCAGGCCAAGCCCACCAAGCCGCGGGGCCGGAAGAAGGGCAGCACCAGCCACAGCAAGUUCGUCGGCGUCCGCCAGCGCCCGUCGGGCCGCUGGGUGGCCGAGAUCAAGGACACCACGCAGAAGAUCCGCAUGUGGCUCGGCACCUUCGAGACCGCCGACGCCGCCGCGCGCGCCUACGACGAGGCCGCCCGCCUCCUCCGCGGCGCCGAGGCGCGCACCAACUUCGCGCCCCGCAUCUCCCCGGACUGCCCGCUCGCCGUCCGCAUCCGGGGCCUCCUCCACCACAAGAAGCUCAAGAAGGCCAGGCUGCCCGCCGCCUCCGCCAAGAUCCCCGGCUCCUCCUCCACGCCGCCCGCUCCCGCCGCAUACGCCACAAGCAAUAGCAAUAGCAAUAGCAACAGCAACAGUAAUAGCAUGGAUGGCGCUUGUGGGGGCGCCAGCAGCAGCAGUAGCAGCAGCGCGCUCAGCUGCGACGGCGCCAUGAAGCAAGGCGGCGGGGCACUGGACGCCGGGGAGGUGUACAGGCCGGAUUUCGCUCCCGUCGCCGGUACCGAGGAGCUGGAGUCUUGGAUGUUCGAGUCGUCGUUCGGCCAGUUCCCGGCGCUGGACGGUUUCGCCGCCGUCGACGCCUGCACGCUGCCAGCCGCGUCCCCGGAGGAGACCAGCGUCGCCCCCGCGGCCGGGAUGGUGGAGUUCGAGCGGAUGAAGGUGGAGCGGCGGAUCUCGGCGUCCCUGUACGCCAUGAACGGCCUGCAGGAGUACUUCGACAGGGUGUUCGAGGCGUCCGCCGGCGACCCGCUGUGGGAUCUCUCGCCGCUCUGCCAGUAG